CCCUAAUCCCUAUCCCUCAGCCGCCACACCCCCAACCCCUCUUCCUUACUCCCAGCAGCAGCGUGCAACAGACCCAGAAGCAGCAGCAACGCUACAAUGAAGAAGAAAAACAAAGCAGAAAGUGAAGAGAAGAAGGAGGCCGCGUUGAUGCUGCUACCCAAUCCGUGCCGCCAUGGUCGUCCCGUCCACGGAGCCAUGAGUCGCGCCUCUGUCACCGAGAGGAGGAGGGAGAAAACGCGAUGCUGGAGGAGCCGCCCAGUCCCUGUCGCGUCGCGCAGCCGCUACAGCCAUGCCGUCUUCGUCGUUGCCAGGGGAGAGAGGGAGAGACGAGCGCGAACCAAAUCGGGAGGGAGAAGGCGCCGUGUCUAGUAGCUGCCGUCGCGUCGCCGCCGUCGCCCUCACUGCGCCGCCGUCAUCCUCGUCACAGAGCCAGCCGCCGCCACUUAUGGCAAAGUCAGAGAGAGAGAACUCGGGAACAGAGGAGACAGAGAGCUCUGAGGCUGAGCUGGGGUUCAACCACCGUGCCCAGCCGCUGCUCGCGUCGCCGGCGUUGCCUCCGUCGGAACGGCCAUCGCCACUGCCACCAUCUGAGUUCGCCGCUGCUGAUGAUGGUAAGCCGAAUCGCAGUCAGAAGAGGGUUCAGGCUACCGCAGGUGCCGCUGCCGGAGAAGGGAGCUACGUCUCUGCAAUUCUGACCGCCGGGAGUCGUUCUAUGACUUCUGAGACCACCGCCGAAGCUUCUGGCUGUUCUGCCGUCGCCGGAAAACUCUACCGGUAAGGGUUUUAAUUGAGGUUUCUGUCUUUUUGGAUUUCAAGAAGGUUUUGAUGCUGCGUGGUUAUUAUAGUUGAUCCACCGGAGCUUCUGGCCGCUACCGGAGCUGUUGCUGGGUCGGUUCGGAAUCGCAGCUCCUCAUUGUGUUAAUUCGAGCUGUUUAUGCUGCUGUGAAAAUGUGUGGGGCUGUGCUUUGAAGCUGCCGUUGAUUUUGGGUCGAGGCGAAAGGAUUUCUGAGAGGCGUUUGGAUUAUAGUUUCAACGUGUCGAGUGAAAUAGGCAGUACAUGAUAGUCUCUUCCUCUCCGUGGCAAAAAGGGCAUUGUGGAGUUGCUGUCGCGACUCGCUGAUGGAGGUUCAUCAUGACAGGAAGGCUCUCUAGCAGAGGGCGCCAAAUCAUAUUAUAAAAAUCAUAUUAUAAUCAAACAAGCCCAAGAGAAAAGAUUGCUCCAGCUAAAUGAGUUGGAUGAAUUCCGACUAGCUGCACUUAAAAAUGCAAAAAAUUAUAAAGAAAGAGCCAAGAAGUGGCAUGACAGAAAGAUAUCUUCCAGAGUCUUUGAACCUGGACAGAGAGUUCUACUCUUCAACUCUAGACUGAAGCUCUUUCCUGGAAAGCUCAAGUCACAUUGGACAAGACCUUUCCUAAUCACUAAUAUAUCAUCCUUUGGUCAUAUAGAACUCCAGAGUAAUUACUCUGAUAAAAAAUUUACUGUUAAUAGCCAGAGAGUGAAACAUUACUUGGGGGUGAAGUUGAGCAAGAGAAAUCCACCCUGUUACUGACAUGAGCACAGUAAAGUCCAACUAAACGACAGUAAAGAAGCGCUUGUUGGGAGGCAACCCAAAGAUUAAUAGCAUAUUAUUAUUUUUAGUUUCUAUAAAUUGUUCUCAUUAAUCUAGUUUUCUUGCAAUUU